AUGGACUUUGACGAGUACGACUACUUGGAGAAGGCAGUCGAGCCCUCCGUUCCCUCAACCAACGGCGGGGGUGAGAAGGACCGCAGCUCUCGCCGCCGCUCCUCCACCGCCGGCGGUGGCGGUCGAGACCAAGAGGAGCGCGGAUCGAAGCGUCCUCGCUCGGGAGAAGACCGAGAGCGGCACCGCAGCGGCCGUGAGCACCGCGACCGGGAAGACGGGAAGGAGAAGGUCGACCGGGAGAAGGUUAGGGAGAAGGACGAGGGCCGCGACCGCGAGAAGGUUAGGGAGAAGGACGAGGGCCGCGACCGCGAGAAGGUUAGGGAGAAGGACGGGGGCCGCAGCCGCGAGAAGGUUAGGGAGAAGGAUGAGAGCCGCGACCCUGAGAAGGUUAGGGAGAAGGAAGAGGGCCGAGAGAAAGUCAGGGAGAAGGAUGGCAGCCGCGACCGUGAGAAGGUUAGGGAAAAGGAGCGGGAGGGCAGGGAUAAGCUAAUGGAGAGGGAAAAUGGGAGGGAGCGGAGGAGCCGUAGCCGCUCAGAGCGCCGCCGCGGGGAGGAGGAGGAGAUGGUGAGGGAGCUCCAGCGGGAGCGUGAACGCAGCGACCGCCACCGUGACUACAGAGACCGUGAUUUCAGGCGUAAGAAAGAUGAUGGUACAGAACCAGAAGUUGACCCAGAAAGAGAUCAAAGGACUGUAUUUGCCUUCCAGCUAUCGUUGAAGGCAGAUGAAAGGGAUGUCUAUGAGUUCUUCUCAAGAGCAGGGAAGGUUCGUGAUGUCCGCCUUAUCAUGGACCGAAACUCGCGGCGUUCCAAAGGAGUUGGGUACAUCGAGUUCUAUGAUGUCAUGUCUGUUCCAAUGGCAAUUGCUCUAACCGGUCAGCCGCUUCUAGGGCAAGCAGUAAUGGUUAAGCCAUCAGAGGCCGAAAAGAACUUAGCUCAGUCAAAUGCGACAUCUGGUGGAGCAGCUUCAGGUGGAGCAAGAAAGCUGUAUGUUGGCAACCUUCAUUCCAAUAUUACCGAGGACCAAUUGAGACAGGUCUUUGAACCAUUUGGGCAAGUGGAGCUUGUCCAGCUGCCUGUAGAUCCACUCACUGGGCUAUGCAAAGGUUUUGGUUUCAUUCAGUUUGCACGGCUUGAAGAUGCAAAAGCUGCUCAGAGUUUAAAUGGCCAACUUGAUAUUGCUGGGAGAGUAAUAAAGGUCUCAGCUGUUACUGAUCAGGGUGGUGUGCAACUUGGCACAACUACUGGAGAUUUAGAUGAUGAUGAAGGUGGAGGCUUGGCAUUAAAUGCAAGCUCUAGAGCCCUUCUGAUGCGGAAAUUGGACCGCAGUGGCACUGCAACCAGCUUAACUGGUGGCAUUGGUGCUCCUGGAUUGAACACUUCUGUUGGAUUUCCUGCUGCUGCAUCAGUGCUUGGUGCUCCUCUGACAGCUGCUUCUCUUCUUGUACAGCCUGUUGGAGCAAUUCCAGGGGCACCUCUUCCUAUCAUCUCUCAAUCUGCUGAUAUUGGUACACCUACUGAAUUCCUAUUGCUGAAGAACAUGUUUGACCCAGCAGUGGAGACGGAUCCUGAUUUUGAUUUGGAUAUUAGAGAUGAUGUGCAAGACGAAUGUUCGAAGUUUGGUGUAGUGAAGCAUAUUUUUGUUGACAAGCAUACCGCGGGCUUUGUGUACCUGCAUUUUGAUAGCGCAACAGCAGCAGCAAGUGCGCAACGAUCACUUCAUGGCCGAUGGUUUGCUGGAAAGAUGAUUACGGCAACCUUUAUGACAGCACAACAGUAUGAAAUGAAGUUCCCAGACCGCGCAGCUAUGGAAUGA